AUGGGCAGGCACUUGCUGCUGCCUGGACUGCUCCUAUUCUUGCCUCUGGUAACAGGCUGGACCACUUCCAAAUGCCCAGUGACUGAAGGCUCCCAUCGGCACCUGGUUUCCCGCUACUUUGCAUUCUUGCCCUUGGACAUCAAGCUAUCCUUUGUUGCGGCAUGCUCCUCCUUGACCAACUUGACGGAAGCAUUUGAAGUUGUGCCUCGGAGAGUGGAGGGGCUCAUCCUCAGUGGCUCUGUGUCUUCUCUGCCUCAGGAUGCUUUCUCUGCCUUUCCUGGACUGAAGGUCUUGGUUCUGAGUUUGCAUCUCAAGCAACUCCAGUCAGGAGUUCUCCGGGGCCUGGGGCAUCUGCAGCAGCUCUCUUUUAUGGGUGGUCCUAUAAAGACGAGACCCAUCAUUAUACAUCCUGAUGCCUUUGAUGACCUGAUAUCUCUCCAGAAACUCAGUUUCUAUGGCUUCUGUAUGGACAAGAGGGCGGGUAUCCGACUGCCUCCCAACCUACGACAUCUGGCUGUCAAGAACAGUUGCCUGCAGGAUGUUGGGGAGCUAGCUGGCAUGUUCCCAGAUCUGGUGCAUGGCUCCUCCUCUGGGGAUACCUGGACCUUGGAUAUAUUGGAUCUGUCACUCAAUGAGGGCUUGAAGAUGGCCAGUCCUGGGUCGCUUCAGGGCCUGAAGCUGGAGACUCUGCAUCUGGAACGCACGAAGCUGGAGGCGGUAGCAGUGAGGGGCCUGGGGCUGCAGAGGCUCACUGCCUUGUCUGUACAGGCCACUGGCACAGCUGAACUGCCUGCCCAGGUGGUCUCUCACUUUCAGCUGCAGAAACUGAAUGUGGGUUAUAACAAGAUAGGCCACAUAGCUCAGGAAGCCCUGGCUUCCUGCCACAGCCUGAAGAACUUGAGUCUUGGGAACACUGGCCUGACUAAUCUGCCACCAGGGUUCCUGGCUGCCAUGCCCAGGCUUCAGAGUCUGAACCUGGCCGGAAACCAACUGCAGAGUGCCAUGCUGUGCAUGAACGAGACAGGAGCCGUGUCAGGACUGUGGACCCUGAAUCUGUCCCCAAAUGGGCUCCGAGUCCUGACCCCAGCCGCCUUUUCCUGUUUACCACACCUGAGGGAACUCCUCCUUUGGGAUAACCAGCUGCUUUUUCUUGAAGGUCGGGAAUUCCAGGGCCUACAGCAGCUAGAGACCUUGAACUUGGAUAAAAAUCCCCUGCUUAACUUGGGUGAGGACUGGUUAGUUGCUCUGCCUGCACUGACCACCCUUAGCCUGCUAGACACUAACAUAUCGCCAGGCCCAACUUCAGCCUUCUGGGGAGCAGAGAAUCUGCACACCUUGAGACUGCAGCUUCCCUCUGCCCCUCGUGGGGCAGUACUGUCCCUGCCCAGGACUUUGACCAUCUUGGAGCUUCAUGCAGCCUUAGGCAUGGUGCGUUGGAAGCUGAUGCCCAAUGUCUUUCCUGCUUUGCAGACCUUGACUAUAAAAGGCAGGGGACUGCAGCUGGGGGUCCCGAAUGUCUCUGAGGUCUUCCCUGCUCUUCAUCAACUAUCCCUGUUUGGCAGUAGCUUGGAGGUCUUCUGCUUCCAGGGUACCUACAACCUUUUUUUCUGGCAGUUCCCCAAACUCCAGUCCCUGUGGGUACGGGAUUCUCGGAGCAACCCCAGGCCCUGCUAUAUCACUGGACUGCCCAGCCUACGGAAGCUGAAGCUGGAGUCGCUGCAGUCCACAACCCAGCCCCGCUCGGUACAGCUGGAGGAACUAGUGGGGGAACUGCCACAGCUCCAGGAACUGCAGCUGUGUAGUACAGGGCUCAAGUCACUGUCGGCUACAGCUUUCCAGCGUCUGGGCAGUCUCCGGGUCUUAGUGCUUGACGAUGAGAAAGACCUGGUGCUGGAUGAUAGCCUGCAGGCACAUAGUCCUCAGAUGCCCGAGUAUGUAUACAUUCUGUCUUCAAACCUGGCCUGUCAGUGUGCCAAUGUGUGGGUGGAGCUCUGGCUUAAAGGGUCCCCCAACACAUACAUAUGCAUACUAGGUCCUCAGAGGUGUCGGACAGAAGCAGAGGGCCGCUCCAGUCUUUCCCUUUUCCCCUUUCUCUGGAACCACUGCCCACAGGCUUUGGAGCUGGUUCUCUUUGGCAGCAGCCUUGCCUUGCUGAUUCUGCUGCUCUCCUUGCCUCUCUUACAGGAAGCCAGGAACUUCUGGGUCCUCUAUUUGCAGGCCUUGUUUAGGGCUUGGCUCCGGGGACUGAGGGGUCAGAAGGAUGAGAGAAAGAAGUUCCCUUAUGAUAUGUUCGUGUCUCAUUGCAGGCAAGACCAGGGCUGGGUGAUGCGGGAAUUGCUGCCUGCUCUGGAGGGCUUCCCUCCAACUGGCUGGGGGCUACGCCUCUGCCUCCCUGAGAGAGAUUUUGAGCCAGGCAAGGAUGUAGUUGAUAAUGUGGCAGACAGCAUGAUGGGUAGCCGCGUCACACUCUGUGUGCUGAGUCGCCAGGCCCUGUGUACCCCUCGCUGUCGUCUGGAGCUCCGUCUGGCCACCUCUCUCUUCUUGGCUGCUCCCUACCCCCCAGUACUCCUGCUGAUCUUCCUGGAACCCAUCUCCCGCCACCAGCUCCCUCGCUACCAUAGACUGGCCCGGUUACUCAGAAGAGGAGACUACUGCUUGUGGCCCAAGGAAGAGGAGAGAAAGGAGGGCUUUUGGACUUGGCUGAGGAGCAGGCUGCAGCAGCCUGGGUUGGAGUAG